AUCUGUGUUGUGAACGAUCGCGGAAAUCUUUUUGUUCAUAGUGAAAAGAUAUUAAAUUAUUGUUGAAUUGUGCAAAACAAAGAAUUGUGUAUUGAUUAAUAAUAUAUUAUUUCAAAUAAUUAAAUACAAUGAGUUCAACAAGUGAUUAUAACAAAAUCAAACAGUCAUUAUUUUAAAUACUGCAAAUUUUUAAGAAUGCAUUUCUGUUGAACAUAAUUACAUUCCGAAAAAUACUAACUACUGUAAAUAAAAAAUGGCGGUUUUUUCAAAAUAUGUCGAUCGUGUGGCAGAUAAAUUAGAUCAAGCUGGCUUACCAAAAGCAGCUCUUAGCCAUGUAUUAGUUGGCGCAGCCAUUGCUGCAUGGACAAUAAAAUUAACCUAUCCCAUGUUGAGGAGUAAAAAAACAAAGAACGAAACACAUGUCGAUAAGAAAAAUAAUAAUCGCAGUGGAAAAAAUCAUGGCGCCCUAACGCCGCCGCAAACAACAGUGACUGAAGAUGAUGAAUCCAAAUUGGCCGAGGCGGAAAAACUCUUAGUAGAACAACAAAUGAAAAAUCAAAAAAACAAAAACAUGUUAGAACCCGGUCUUAAUAAGGAGUUUGUAAAACAACUAACCACUUUGUUAAAAAUCAUGAUACCAAAGCCCUUCUGCUACGAAACUGGCCUCUUAAGUGUUCAUACCCUGUGUCUAAUAUCAAGAACUUUUCUCAGCAUAUAUGUGGCGGCUUUAGAAGGUGCCAUUGUUAAAUAUAUUGUACGCAAAGAUGUUCGUCAAUUUUCUAUAGUUUUACUCAAAUGGUUCGGAAUUGCUAUACCAGCAACAUUUGUGAACUCAAUGAUUCGUUUCUUAGAAAGUAAAUUGUCGUUGGCAUUCAGAACACGUUUAGUCCGUCAUUCUUAUCGAUUAUAUUUUAAAAAUCAAAAUUACUACCGAGUAUCAAACCUAGAUGGUCGUAUUGAAAAUGCUGAUCACAGACUUACAGAGGACAUUUCCGUAUUCGCCAGUUGUAUUGCUCAUUUGUACAGUAGCCUCACCAAACCAUGCUUUGAUCUUAUGCUUAUAGGCUUUGCCUUAAUGCGAUCGUCUCAAAAAAUGAAAUCAAAUAUAUUUUCAGGUCCUGCAUUAUCAGUUACUGUUAUAUCCUUAACCGCUCAUAUAAUGCGAGUGGUUUCACCGAAAUUCGGACAAUUAGUAUCAGAGGAAGCCAAUCGUUACGGCUAUCUGCGACACAUACAUUCGCGUAUUAUAACGAAUGCAGAAGAGAUCGCCUUCUAUGGAGGUCACAAAGUGGAACUACAACAGCUGAGACAGGCCUAUAAUCGUUUGGUCAAUCAAAUGAAUACAAUAUUUACUCAAAAAUUGUGGUUUGUAAUGUUGGAGCAAUUCUUUAUGAAAUAUGUCUGGUCGGGUACUGGUAUGAUAAUGGUUUCUCUACCCAUAUUAACGGGUGCUGUGUCCAGCAAACCAUCGACAUCCGAAAAUAACGAUUCAACAAUUAGUGAACGUACUCAGUACUUAACGACGGCACGUAAUUUGCUGAUUUCUGCAGCCGAUGCUAUUGAGCGUCUGAUGUCUUCAUACAAAGAAGUUGUUGCACUGGCUGGUUACACUUGUCGAGUGGCUGGUAUGCUCGAAGUAUUCGAAGAAACUGCUCAAGGUGUCUACAGUAAGGCUACUGUUGCCGAGAGCAAUGAAACCCAGGGUAUUAUUGAAUUCCGCAAUGGUAAGCCAGUCGCCAAAGGUCGAAUUAUCUAUAGGCGAGAUGCCGAUAUGUCAAUUUCUCUCAUUGCUGUACCUGUUGUUACGCCCAAUUGUGAUGUCGUUGUACCCUGUUUAAAUUUAUGCAUAGAACCGGGAAUGCAUUUACUUAUAACAGGGCCAAAUGGUUGUGGCAAAUCUAGCUUAUUCCGUAUUUUAAGUGGGCUGUGGCCAAUAUAUUCGGGAGAAUUGCAUAUUCCUCAGCCGGUGGAGGGCAAACCUUGUAUGUUCUAUAUACCACAACGACCCUACAUGUCUAUUGGCAGUCUUUGUGAUCAGAUAAUUUAUCCAGAUUGCCGUGAGAAUAUGAUACAAAAGGGCAUAACCGAAAACGAAUUAAGAUCCAUAUUAAAAAUGGUUUCUUUAGAGCAUAUAGUCCAAAGAGAUGGUUUCGAUGUUAUACGUGACUGGAAAGAUAUUCUAUCAGGCGGUGAAAAGCAACGUAUGGCUGUUGCCCGUCUUUUCUAUCAUAAACCGAAGUAUGCCUUAUUAGACGAAUGCACCAGUGCCGUGUCUAUUGAUGUCGAGAGUUCUAUUUAUGAUACUGCAAAAAGAAUGGGCAUUACGCUCUUGACCAUAACACAUCGACCGACAUUAUGGAAGUUUCAUACGCAUAUAUUGGAAUUUGAUGGUCAAGGUGGUUGGAGUUUCCGUAAAAUGGAAGCCAAUGAGCAACAGCGACAGUUCCCAAUACAUUAAAUGUUAUUUCAUUAUGUAUUAACUUUUUUUUAUAUAUUUUAAGUUUUGUUUUGUAUUUGUACGAUAAUUACAAUUAAUUUAAUUAUAAACUUAUAUAAUAAAUUUUAACAUCGGCCUUCAUAAAUUGUUUUUUAAGUUAACAAUGGUUUACAACGUAAUUUUCCCAUACAAAAUUCCUGUUGUAAGUUCUUGUUAUCAUUAAUAAACGUUUGCGAAUGCUGGUGAUGAUGUACCAUUAA